AUGUCAAAAGCUGAUUUCAUCCUUACGGAAUCUGCAGAAGUUCCAGGGUCUGGUGGUUCUAACUGGACUGACCAGGAGACAUUGCUUCUUUUGGAAGCGUUAGAAAUUUUCAAAGGAAAAGAAUGGGGUGAGAUUGCUGAGCAUGUUGCUACAAAAACAAAAGAACAGUGCAUGUUAUACUUCCUUCAAAUGCCAAUUUCUGAACCAUUUCUAGAUGGUGAAGAUUUCAAUGAAACACCCCAGAAGAUCACAGAACAGGAUUCAGAAAUUGGUCCUUCUGAUGUACCUGACGAAAUGGAUGUAGAUGGCAAUGCAGAAGGAAAAGAGAGCACUGAUGAAAAAGCUUACAAGAAAGCAAAUUCUAUUUCUUCAGAAACAAGAACAAAAUUAGCUGACCAAAAUGUUUCUGCGAAAGAGGAUACCAUGGAUGCAGUUGACCACUUUCUGGGCCAAGAGGACUUGGGUUCAUUUGCUGAAGCGGGAAAUCCUGUGAUGGCACUAGCUGCAUUUUUGUCUUCUCUUGUGGAACAUGAUGAUGCUGUUUCUUCAUGCCAUAGUUCGUUGAGAGCUAUAUCAGAGAUAUCUCCCGCUCUCCAACUGGCAACUGAGCACUGUUUUAUUCUUCCAGAUCCACCAAGUGACCUUAAAGAUCCAACUUCCACUUUCAGCGCUUGCACAGGCAGUGAGUGCCAAGAAGGUGCUGAUACUACUCAAAAUAAAGAGCACCUGGAAUUAUCUGACACAAAGGAAAGAGGUCCUGAGGCAGAGGCCAAAUCCAACAGCACAAAGGAUUCUGAUAAUCCAAUUGCUAAGGUGGACAGUAGUGUAGCAUCUGAUAAGAUAAGAGAUGGGUGUAAUGCUAAUGCCAUUUCAUGUUCUGCUACUUCAAAUAGUGCAACUGAACCUAGUUCCAUACCUUCCCAAGAAGCCAGUGCAGCAAGUACAAAGGACACAACUAACCCUGGACAAGUUGAAGGGGACAAACCAAGUUCUGAGGAAUUACCAGCUGAUGUUUCACCUUCACAAGGGAAGAUAGAGCCCAAGAAGAUUGAACAUGCACCUGCUGCCUCAUCUAGUGUACAACAGCGUGAGCGCAAACAAGCUGGAAAUGGCAACACUGAAGAACCUAAAAGCAAUGAAAACAUUGCGUCCGAUGAUGAUCCCAUAAUAAGGCUACAGCGAGCAGCUGGUACUGCCAUUUCAGCAGCUGCAGUGAAGUCUAAGUUUCUUGCGGAGCAGGAGGGUUAUAUUCGGCAACUAGCUGCAGUUGUGAUCGAAAAGCAGUUUCAGAAGAUAGAAACAAAAAUGUCGUUUCUCACCGACGUUGAAAACUUGGUCUUACGAUCGAGAGAAUCAACAGAGAGGAUGCGGAAGAAGCUUAUGUUGGAGCAGAGCAUGAUAAUUGCUUCUCGAAUGGGUGCGGCCGCUGCUGCCGCUUCCAGAACAAACCAGCAGGGGGCUCGGGGGCUCGACUCCCAGUAG